AUGGAUCCACACGAUAGCUUACACCAUGCCUCCACCCUUUUGGCCCGCGCCGACUCCUCAGGCCGCCCAGCUGUCUACAAAGCCGUCGGUAUUUCGCUCGCCGUCGCCUCGGGCGUCUUCAUCGGUAUCUCCUUCGUCAUCAAGAAGAUCGGCCUACUCAAGGCGAACGUCAAGUACAACGAAGAGGCCGGUGAAGGCUACGGAUACCUAAAGAAUGCGUGGUGGUGGCUAGGCAUGACGCUCAUGAUCGUGGGCGAGAUUUGCAACUUUGUCGCAUAUGCUUUCGUCGACGCUAUCCUGGUCACCCCUCUCGGCGCACUCUCCGUCGUUAUUACCACGAUUCUCUCUGCGAUUUUCCUGAAAGAACGACUCAGUUUCGUCGGUAAGGUUGGCUGUUUCUGUUGUAUUAUCGGGUCUAUCGUGAUCGCGAUGAAUGCCCCCGAUCAGUCCUCCGUUAGCGAUAUCCAGGCUAUGCAGAAGUUUGUGAUCGCUCCCGGUUUUCUGACAUAUGCUGGUGUGAUUUUGGUCGGAGCAGCGAUUACGGCGCUUUGGGCGGGUCCCCGGUACGGCAAGAAGAGCAUGUUCGUUUAUAUUAGCAUUUGCAGUAUGGUUGGUGGAUUGAGCGUUGUUGCGACGCAGGGUCUUGGCUCAGCGAUUCUUGCACAGAUCGAUGGCGAGGAGCAGUUCAAGCAUUGGUUUCUUUAUGUGCUGUUCGUCUUUGUGGUUUGCACCCUGCUGACGGAGAUUAUCUACCUCAACAAAGCGCUGAACCUUUUCAAUGCCGCCCUCGUCACCCCGACUUACUACGUCAUGUUCACUAGCGCGACUAUUGUCACUUCCGCCAUCUUGUUCCAGGGAUUCAAGGGAACUGGUAUCCAGAUCGCUACGGUGAUCAUGGGCUUUAUGCAAAUCUGUGCCGGUGUGGUUCUGCUCCAGCUAUCCAAAUCUGCCAAGGAUGUUCCCGAUGCUGCCGUGUUCAAGGGUGACUUGGAUCAGAUCCGUGAGGUGGCUACACAAGAGGAGCCUGAAUAUGAGCCCAAGGCCGACUCCAUCCGCGGUGCUGCAUCUAUUCUUCGUCGUAUCUCGACUACUCGGCGGGAACACGAACAAGAUGAAGCCCGGCGCUUCGUCAACGAAAAGCAAGAAGAUUUCCUGAAGCCACCAGCGGAGAACGAAAUCAUUGAAUGGGAUGGUAUUCGUCGUCGCAAGACCGUCAUUGGAGAGGGACCUACCAUGUCUCGCCCGCACACGCCUCGCACACCCUCGGUUAAACAGCCACUGCCCCCACUGGGAAUGUCUCGAUUCCCCGACCCGGAAGAUGAGAAUGAGAAUCGGCCUAGUACCAAGCAGAGUGGACACUCUUUCCUAGGCGACAUCCGAUCGCGCACCUCAAGCAUUCUCCAGCACGGUCAAUGGUUGCCUGUUCACAAGGAAGACGAGAAGAGCCUGAGUGCCAACAUUGAUACGGAAAUGACGAAUCGGAAGAGCGCCGUCGACACGGAAUACUAUGGUGCUGGAGGCCUCGAACCUCCCUUCCGCCCCGGAGGCCGCGAGCGCAGCGACACACCCCGUUCUAUCUCUUGGGCUGACGAGAAGGCCGACGAAGACCGACCUCAGACUCAUCACGCUCUUGAACCGCCAUAUGCUGCACGCCGUCAAUUCUCCUUCAACAGCAUGUUCAACCGUCGCAAGGCGCAGAGCACUCCGACAUCCCCUAAACGCACCGCUAGCCCACCUCGCGGUAUCCUACGCCGCAACCACGGCAUAGACGGGGACAAGUCUGCCACUGAAGAAGAGCGUCUCGGUCUUGUCCGCGGUGACUCACGCACUGCUGACGAAACCCUGGGCGAGAAACUCGAACGCUGGUCCAGCGCCGAAUCUGACGCUGCCGAAAUUCAACCUAUGCACCGAUACCCGCUGCCUUCUGGUCGCGCCCACGGCGAUUCAGUCUCUAGCAUGUCGACGUCUGCAUUCCCACCAUAUGAAGACCACCAUGCUUUCUACGCGCAGUCCGGAAAUGUGUCGAACCCGUACUACUUGCCGCACGCUAGGCAGGCGACUGCCUCGCCUGAGCACACGGACGAACAUGAAGGUGGAUGGAACGCACCACGCUCACGCACGAGAACGAAUUCCUCGUCACACCCACGCGCCCCUCCUCCCGCGCAGUCCUCGUUCUCGACGCACCGCCAUCCAAACCCGCUACCGCCACUGCCGGAUAAUACACCCCUCACACUAGACGGGGGUGUGCGAUCUGCCUCAUCCGAGUCCUCUGAUAUGGGCGUCGCGUCUAUUUCCUCGACUGAGGCUCGUGAUGAUGAUAAUACGCCUGCGGCUGGAGUUACUCGACAGCACAGUGGUUGGCGCCGACACAUGUCCGAGACUAGCAGUGUGGAAGGCGAGAGCUAUGAAACGAGGAGUCCCCCUCGUGGAGGUUCGAAGGGAGCGUUUCUUUAA